GCGAGGGGGUGUUGUGAAUUUUCUCACGAUGCUUGUCAGUCUUUGGAAUAUAUUUGACGGAAGUUUGCAUUAGCGUUAUGAAUCUCAUUAUCUCCGGGAACCUAUUUUAUCAAACCUGAACGUUCGCUAUCUUUUAAGUUGCUUGUUUGUCUUCACAAUUUAUAGUACAUUCAAUUUGACAGUGCCAGCCACCGGUUGCAGGUCACUUUUGAACGAAUCGUGAUGGUGGAGACUGUUUCUGCAAUGAAAUAGUGGAUCCAACCAUUCAAUCAUGUUUCUCAGAAGAGCUAUUCACCUCCGACCUAGAGGAAAGGAGUCUGCCUUCAACGUCCUCUUUUGUCGUUUUACAAGUUAUUCAAGUUUAAUGAAAGAUGUUUGGUUUCAUAAACACUGCAUCAGAACCACAAGGACUUUUCACACCGCCAGCCGGCUGAAGGUGGCCAAGUUAUUAUCCCUCGAUGAACUGUUCUCCAGGAGAUCCCUGCUGGACUACCUGGGAAAAAUGGAGUCGGAAUAUAGCGGCUUUUUGAGGGCAGUCAACAGCGAUGAGCAGGAGCAGAGCAGUGCGGAAGAGCUGAGGGCCAAGAGGACCAGAGUGUCCCUGCUGGCCCCCCUCACCCAGACCAUCAGGGAGCUGGACGUCAAGCAGAAGGAGAUGAGUGAGAUGGAGGCGCUUCUCAAGGAUGAAGAUCUCCGAGAACUGGCUGAGCAGGAGCGGGAAGCCUGUUCACAAGACAUCCGUGACCUGAGGCAAAAGAUAUUAGAUCUUUUGAUCACGCAGGAUGAGACUGAUCUGAGCGACCUCGUGCUGGAAGUGACGGCAGGAGUUGGCGGACAGGAGGCCAUGCUGUUUACUGCUGAGCUGUUUGACAUGUAUGAGGGAUUCGCUCGGCACAACGGCUGGUCCUUUGACGUCCUGGAACACAUGAACAGUGACUUAGGCGGACUGCGUCACGCCUCGGCUAGCAUCAGCGGCCGUCGGAGCUACCAGACGAUGAAGUUCGAAGGCGGCGUUCACAGAGUCCAGCGCGUCCCCAAGACGGAAAAGCAGGGCCGCAUGCACACCAGCACCAUGACCGUGGCCGUGCUGCCCCAACCCACUGAGAUCUCCUUCACAAUAAACCCUAAGGACCUAAGAAUCGAAACGAAGCGGGCGAGCGGCGCUGGCGGUCAACACGUCAACACCACGGAUAGCGCUGUCAGAAUAGUGCACCUGCCCACUGGUGUUGUGGCAGAGUGCCAGCAGGAGCGGUCUCAGCUCAAGAACAAGGAGAAGGCCAUGAAAGCUCUGCGGGCAAAACUCUACAGCUUGAAGCUGGAGGAGGAGACCAGCAAGCGCUACAAUCAGCGCAAAGUGCAGAUCGGCACCAAAGGAAGGUCCGAGAAGAUCCGGACGUACAACUUCGCCCAGGAUCGCAUCACGGACCACCGCAUCGGUAUGACGCUGCAUGACGUCAAGACGUUCCUGCUGGGCGAGGAUCUGCUGGACGAGAUGAACUCCUCCCUUCAGGAAUUCUCCAACCAGGAGGAGCUCAUGGAACUUUUGGGGGAAAACGACAACAAGGAAGGAUGAUCAUGAGUUUGGAUUAAGUGUCUGUUUAUCAAUUCAAUCCUUGACAUUCACUUUUAAGGAACCUUACAGUCGUCAACAAUUUUCCUCAGAUUUUGGACCUGGACUGCAUGUAUCUAAUAUUGCUAAUUUCCGACACCAUUUCAUUUUGGAACUUACUCACAAAAAAAAGGCCUUAGAAGUUACUAUUAAAGUAAGCUUAUUCUAGGAUAAAUAUACAGUAUUUGCCUUUGGAGCAUUCCCUGUCUGCUACAGUAAUAAUGUCAGUUUCAGGAUAACCUUAUCAUUUUAUACAUGUAUGAAAUAAUAUGAGAAGACAUCAGAUGAUAGAAAUAAAUAAAGUCACGUCUAACUCAAAACUGUUCCAAAAUAAACCCAUGCAUUAAUAUUGCUGUCCAAUAAAAGUUAUUCUAGAUCUCCAUAUUCAAUUUUUAGCUCAUUUUGUACUUAUGCUGAAAACAACAACAAUACACAACAGCAGCAUAUUUUCUUUGUGUGCUAACUGUUUUGCUGUAUGGGCUGAAUCACGAUUUUCUGAUCUUAUGUCUUAUUUUUUUCCACUUUUGGCGAGGAAAAAAAACAGCUCGUAAGCCAAAUGCA